AUGGUAAAAGACACCAAAUUUUACGACAUCUUGGGUGUGCCUACAGACUGCUCUGAGGCACAGCUCAAAUCUGCGUACAAAAAGGGCGCCCUGAAACACCAUCCAGACAAGAACGCACACAACCCCGACGCAGCAGAAAAGUUUAAAGACCUCUCACACGCCUACGAAGUCCUCUCAGAUGCUCAGAAGCGCCAGAUCUACGACCAGUAUGGCGAAGAAGGGCUAGAGCAAGGAGGAAUGGGCGGCGGUGGUAUGGCCGCUGAGGAUCUGUUCGCACAGUUCUUCGGCGGCGGCGGAGGCCCGUUUGGCGGCAUGUUCGGCGGCGGCAUGAGGGAUACGGGACCAAAGAAGGCCCGGACAAUCUCCCACGUUCACAAGGUGUCGCUCGAGGAUAUCUACAAGGGCAAGGUCUCAAAACUGGCUCUCCAGAAGUCUGUCAUUUGCCCCAAGUGCGAUGGCCGUGGCGGCAAGGAAGGCGCUGUCAAGAAAUGUGCUGGCUGCGAUGGCCGCGGCAUGAAGCACAUGAUGCGCCAGAUGGGUCCUAUGAUCCAGCGUUUCCAGACGGUUUGCCCCGACUGCCAGGGUGAGGGAGAGAUCAUCCGCGACCGCGACAGGUGCAAGCAGUGCAACGGCAAGAAGACCAUCAUCGAGCGUAAAGUCUUGCACGUCCACGUCGACCGCGGUGUCAAGAGUGGCCACAAGAUCGAGUUCCGAGGUGAGGGAGACCAGCUACCAGGCGUUGAGCCCGGUGACGUUAUCUUUGAAAUCGAGCAGAAGCCCCAUCCUCGAUUCCAGCGGAAGGACGACGAUCUCUUCUACCACGCCGAAAUCGACCUCCUAACCGCCCUUGCCGGUGGCCAGAUUCACAUCGAGCACCUUGACGAGCGGUGGCUGACCGUCGCUGUCAUUCCUGGCGAAUGCAUCAGCCCAGGCGAAGUCAAAGUCAUCCGCGAGCAAGGUAUGCCCUCCUACCGCCACCACGAUUUCGGUAACCUCUACAUCCAAUUCGACGUCAAGUUUCCAGAUAGUCUCAGCGGCCCGGACGGCGGCCCCAUGACUCCCGAACAGAUCCGCGCUCUUGAGAGCGUUCUCCCUGGACGGCAGGUCCCGGCUUCCCUUCCGCCGUCUGAUGCGAUGACCGAGGACUUUACGCUCGAUAAUGUGGAUCCAGCGAGAGAGCAGGCGAGGGCGAGGGGAAUGGCGGGCAUGGAGGAUGAUGAUGAUGAUAUGCAUCCUGGAGCGGAGAGGGUACAGUGUGCUUCGCAAUAA